AUGAGGUAUCGCAACGCCCCUCGGGGGUUCAAGAUUUCGCACUGGCGCCAUCUAUACGAUGCCUGCGUUUGCAGCAUCGACCAAGUGAAUCGCAUAGCCGACAACGCAAUUUUUGUCAUCUUCGACGCUGAGCCCUGGGCCGAAGAUAAUGCCAAGGCGGCCGAGAUUGGCAUAUCUAUGCUACGGGUACCUAAUUGCAGAAAUGUCGCUGCCGUACCGACAACAUUGACCGAAUUUGCCCAAGAACAUGGCAUUGCAACGCAUCGAAUCCAGAUCAUCGGAAAGGAAAGGCCAAAAAAGGUCGAAGCGCACAGCUUCGGCCAAGAGCAUCGCGUAUCCUGUAUUGAUGUCGAGCAACACAUCAUCGGUCUCGUCGACUCUUAUCGGGAAAAGAUGGCAUCUACCAGCGGACAAAUUGUUUUCGUCGGUUUCGACCUCCGAUUCGAGUUCCGGUUGAUCUCAACUAUAUACACGAGAUUAACAAACUACUUCACAUCCUGGUUAGACGUCCAAGAGCUAUCACGGCGUGCGAGCCGUGUGGAAAUGCCAGGCUUGAGCGAGACUCUUAAAGCUUGCGGAUUCGGCCUGCAAGACUCGAAAGAUUUACAUAGUUUGAACGGUCGACAUAACGCAGCGACGGAUACAGUCCGUGCAGCUGCUGUGUUGUAUUACCUUUUAGCAAGAGACGACCACCAACAAUUGCAGAUUGCGACUUCCGACCGCAACGCCAGUAUACUCUCUCGGAGGCGUCGAGCACAGCCUUCCAACAACCCCGAGGAUCGAAAGCUCUGGAGAGGCGCGCGGCCAAAUCCGAAAGAGCUUUACCCAUACACUGCAAGGGUCAAGACCUCGACAGGGCAUAUUCUCGACCCCAAGGGCUUACUCGAGACCUUUGCGGAAUAUAAUCCAGUUGCAGUUGGUAUUGCCAAGCAAAGCAUACAUCGAUACGGAUGGGUCUGUCUGCCCAGCCUUUGCGUUCUUGAAGAAUUUGUGCAACGUGUGAACGGCGCCGAGCAUCCGCAAGGCGGUGAAUGGAUUGCAGUGUCAGAUUAUGAUCCUGACAUCCUCCCCGCCAACAAUAUGCGCGAACUCAAGGAAAGGCUGCACGCAAAGGCGGAUGAGAAGCGUGAACAGCGCCGCCUAAAGCGGCUGGCCCACGAGACUGUUGCUCUAUCAGAGGUUGAAGCGAUACAGUGA